AUGGAUGAAGGGAAUAUGGAGAGUCAACUAGAUUUCUAUAGUCUUGAAUUACUGAAUAGCAUAAAUUGCUCUGGUUUGCCUCCACAUAAAUUAAUACUCAAGGUUGGUGUUCCGGUGAUGUUACUGAGGAAUAUUGACCAAUCCAGUGGUCUUUGUAAUGGUACAAGGCUACAAGUUAGGAAGCUUGGAAAUCAUGUCAUAGAAUAUGAAGUAUUAACGAGUAACAAUGUUGGUCAUAUUGCUUUGAUUCCCAGAAUGAAUAUGGUACCAACAAAUGAAACUAUCCCAGUUAGAUUCCAACGAAGGCAGUUUCUCAUAAUAGUAUCGUUUGCCAUGACAAUUAAUAAGUCUCAGAGACAAAUUUUAUCUCAUGUUGGAUUAUACUUGCCCAAACCAGUUUUUACAUAUGGCCAACUAUAUGUGGCACUUUCAAGAGUUAAGAGUAAAAAAAGUUUAAAAGUUUUACUUAUGAAUCACGUAGGAAUGUCUGCAAAUUCAAUCAUCAAUGUUGUUUAUAGAGAAGUCUUUAAAAAAAUAGUAUUCUAA